CCCUUGCCAACAGAACCACAGAUGACCAGCCUGAAAGGGCAGAGACAGCAGCUGAGGCACAGCCAAGAGCUCUGGCUGUAUUACUGACCUAAGAAGAUGGAGUAGUCACUGGAAAGUCAGAAGGGAUGACAUGCAGGGGCCCAGCAAUCUCAGCUAAGUCAACUCCACCAGCCUUUCUAGUUGCCCACUGUGUGUACAGCACCCUGAUAGGGACCAGAGCCAUGACAGGGAAUCAGACCAGAUUAUGCCCUUGAGGAGCUCACCUCUGCUCAGGGAAACAGGCGUGGAAACACACAAUGGUGGUAAAGAGGAAAGAGGACAAUAGGACUGCAUGAAGGGGAUGGAAAGUGCCCAGGGGAGGAAACGGUUAAAUGUGUAUGAGGAGGUUGGUGAGGAAAGACUCUAAGAGAAGGCUCUGUCUGGCUGGGUUUGGAAGGAUGUGUAGGAGUCUUCUAGGGGGCACAGGCACACUCCAGGCAUUGGUAAAGACCUGUAGGUGUGGCUUGUUGGGAUGAGUUUCAAGUAUUCUGGAAUGAGGACAGCCAUAGAGACAAGGGCAGGAGAGAGGAGAUUUAAUAGAUUUUAUGCCAAUGGCUCCACUUGAGUUUCUGAUAAGAACCCAGAACCCUUGGACUCCGCAGUAACAUUGAUUGAGUUGUUUAUGAUUCCUCAUAGAAUAUGAACUCAAAGGAGGUCAAUGAGUGGCGUGCGUGUGAUUCUUUGCCAACUUCCAAGGUGGAGAAGCCUCUACCAACUGCAGGCGGAGCACAGGUGGCCCUGCUACUGGCUGCAACUCCAGCCCUGCCUCCUUCUCCAGCAUAUAAACAAUCCAGCAGCCUCACUGAAUCACUGCUCUGCAGGGCAGGAAAGCUCCACGAACACAGCCCAGCAAACAGCAGCACACAGCUGAAAGGAAGACUCAGAGGAGAGAGAUAAGGAAGGAAAGUAGUGAUGGAUCUCAUCCCAGACUUGGCCAUGGAAACCUGGAUUCUUCUGGCUGUCAGCCUGGUGCUCCUCUAUCUAUAUGGAACCCAUUCACAUGGACUUUUUAAGAAGCUUGGAAUUCCAGGGCCCACACCUCUGCCUCUUUUGGGAAAUGUUUUUUCCUACCGUAAGGGCUUUUGGAGGUUUGACAUGGAAUGUCAUAAAAAGUAUGGAAAAGUGUGGGGCUUUUAUGAUGGUCGACAGCCUGUGCUGGCUAUCACAGAUCCCGACAUGAUCAAAACAGUGCUAGUGAAAGAAUGUUAUUCUGUCUUCACAAACCGGAGGCCUUUUGGUCCAGUGGGAUUUAUGAAAAGUGCCAUCUCUAUAGCUGAGGAUGAAGAAUGGAAGAGAAUACGAUCAUUGCUGUCUCCAACCUUCACCAGUGGAAAACUCAAGGAGAUGGUCCCUAUCAUUGCCCGGUAUGGAGAUGUGUUGGUGAGAAAUCUGAGGCGGGAAGCAGAGACAGGCAAGCCUGUCACCUUGAAAGACGUCUUUGGGGCCUACAGCAUGGAUGUGAUCACUAGCACAUCAUUUGGAGUGAACAUCGACUCUCUCAACAAUCCACAAGACCCCUUCGUGGAAAACACCAAGAAGCUUUUAAGAUUUGAUUUCUUGGAUCCAUUCUUUCUCUCAAUAAUAGUCUUUCCAUUCCUCACCCCAAUUCUUGAAAUAUUAAAUAUCUCUGUAUUUCCAAGAGAAGUUACAAGUUUUUUAAGAAAAUCUGUAAAAAGGAUGAAAGAAAGUCGCCUCAAAGAUACACAAAAGCACCGAGUGGAUUUCCUUCAGCUGAUGAUUGACUCUCAGAAUUCGAAAGAAACUGAGUCCCACAAAGCUCUGUCUGAUCUGGAGCUCGUGGCCCAAUCAAUUAUCUUUAUUUUUGCUGGCUAUGAAACCACGAGCAGUGUUCUCUCCUUCAUUAUGUAUGAACUGGCCACUCACCCUGAUGUCCAGCGGAAACUGCAGGAGGAAAUUGAUGCAGUUUUACCCAAUAAGGCACCACCCACCUAUGAUACUGUGCUACAGAUGGAGUAUCUUGACAUGGUGGUGAAUGAAACGCUCAGAUUAUUCCCAAUUGCUAUGAGACUUGAGAGGGUCUGCAAAAAAGAUGUUGAAAUCAAUGGGAUGUUCAUUCCCAAAGGGGUGGUGGUGAUGAUUCCAAGCUAUGCUCUUCACCAUGACCCAAAGUACUGGACAGAGCCUGGGAAGUUCCUCCCUGAAAGAUUCAGCAAGAAGAACAAGGACAACAUAGAACCUUACGUAUACACACCCUUUGGAACUGGACCCAGAAACUGCAUUGGCAUGAGGUUUGCUCUCAUGAACAUGAAACUUGCUGUAAUCAGAGUCCUUCAGAACUUCUCCUUCAAACCUUGUAAAGAAACACAGAUCCCCCUGAAAUUACGCUUAGGAGGACUUCUUCAAACAGAAAAACCCAUUGUUCUAAAGGUUGAGUCAAGGGAUGGCACCUUAAGUGGAGCCUGAAUUUUCCUAAGGACUUCUGCUUUGCUCUUCAAGAAAUCUGUGCCCGAGAACACCAGAGACCUCAAAUUACUUUGUGAAUAGAACUCUGAAAUGAAGAUGGGCUUCAUCCAAUAGACUGCAUAAAUAACCAGGGAUUCUGUACAUGCAUUGAGCUCUCUCACUGUCUGUGUAGAGUGUUAUACCUGGGAAUAUAAAGGAGGUGACCAAAUCAGUGCGAGGAGGUAGAUUUGGCUCCUCUGCUUCUCACGGGACUAUUUCCACCACCCCCAGUUAGCACCAUUAACUCCUCCUGAGCUCUGAUAAAAGAAUCAACAUUUUUCAAUAAUUUCAUCCACAAUUAUUAAUGAAAAUAAGAAUUAUUUUGAUGGCUCUAACAAUGACAUUUAUAUCACAUUUUCUCUGGAGUAUUCUAUAAUAAGUUUUAUAUUAAAUCAAUAAAGACCACUUUACAAAAGUAUUAUCAGAUGCUUUCCUGCACAUUAAGGAGAAAUCUAUAGAACUGAAUGAGAACCAACAAGUAAAUAUUUUUGGUCAUUGUAAUCACUGUUGGUGUGGGGCCUUUGUCAGAACUAGAAUUUGAUUAUUAACAUAGGUGAAAGUUAAUCCACUGUGACUUUGCCCAUUGUUUAGAAAGAAUAUUCACGGUUUAAUUAUGCCUUUUUUGAUCAGGCACAGUAGCUCACGCCUGUAAUCCCAGCAAUUUGGGAGGCUGAGCCAGGUGGAUCUCCUGAGGUCAAGAGUUCAAGACCAGCCUGGCCAACAUGGUGAAACCCCAUCUCUACUAAAAAUACAAAAAUUAGCUAGGCGUGGUGGCACACGCUUGUAAUCUCACUACACAGGAGGCUGAGGCAGGAGAAUCACUGGAACCUGGGAGGCGGAUGUUGAAGUGAGCUGAGAUUGCACCACUGCACUCCAGUCUGGGUGACAGAGUGCGACUCAGUCUCAAAAAAAAAAAAAAAAGCCUUUUUGAAGCACAUAUAUUUUGUAACAAAGAACUGAAGCCCUUAUUAUAUUAUUAAUUUUGAUUUAAUGUUUUCAGCCCAUCUCCUUUGAUAUUUCUGGGAGACAGAAAACAUGUUUCCCUACACCUCUUGCAUUCCAUUCUCAACACCCAACUGUCUUGAUGCAAUGAACACUUAAUAAAAAACAGUCGAGUGGUCAAUUGAUUGAGCAA